UGCUCCACUCUCCCGCAGCUGGACGGCCGGCGGAGUCGGAGCGGGGAGGCAGAGUUGAACAACGGCGAGGAAAGGGGAGGACGAGUCGGCGGCACCGAGGGUCACAGGGAUGUACAGUAAACACAGGCAGAAAAAAAAUGCCCACACAUCACCGGCGAAAUGCGGACGUCUGCUGCUUUUCCUCUCCCUCCUGCUGCUGAGCGGCUCCGCGGAGAGAGCCGGCGGACGGCCCGGGCGCGAAGGGCUAAGGACGGGAAGGACGGUGACGGCGCAGUGGCUUUCUCAAGGCCGAAUCAAGAGGGAGGCGGAGACCUUGACACAGGUAGAGUACCCAGUCAGAGGGGAAAUAGCGCUCUCAUCCAAUGACCUCCAACUGGUGCUUCAAGUGGAACAUAAUCAGGAGCUUUUAAGUCCCGACUUCUCAGAGACCUACUACACAGAUGAUGGGCAGCCCGUGACUGUGACCAAUCACAAUUACACUGAUCACUGCUUCUACCACGGCCAUGUAAGAGGACAUCCAGAAUCCUGGGUAGCUCUCAGCACGUGCUCAGGAGUCAGGGGCCUGAUAUCCUUGAAUUCUAGUGACACCUACUACCUGGAACCAAUGAGCGAUGUGGAUCCUCAUCACCAUUCACUGCUGAGGGCUGAGGAACUGCCAAUCAAGGGUGGAAACUGUGGCCACGGCCAUCACACUGCACAGUCCAACCACAUCUCUGACCUGCUCAGACCGUUUCACUCGAGGGUUAAAAGGAACACCUGGGGCACAACUAAGUACAUGGAGCUGUACAUCGUGGCUGACAACAUGCUGUUUAAGUGGCAGAAUAAGGACUAUGAAAAGACAAAGGCCAGGAUAAUGGAAAUUGCCAAUUACGUGGAUAAGUUCUACAGGGCUCUGAACAUCCGUGUGCCUCUGAUUGGUCUGGAGGUUUGGACCGACAGGGAUCAGUGCAUCGUCACAGAGGAGCCAAACGCCACGCUCUGGUCCUUCCUGCAGUGGAGACAGAAGCUGAAAUCCCGCAAGAAACACGACAAUGCACAGCUCCUCACCGGUGUGAUUUUUAACGGGACCACUAUCGGGAUGGCACCGCUGGAGGGGAUGUGCAGCCUGGAAAGCUCUGGAGGCAUCACCGUGGACCACUCGGAGCUAUCCAUCGGCGCCGCCGCCACAAUGGCCCACGAGAUUGGCCACAACUUCGGCAUGAGCCACGACCACGAGGGCUGCUGCGUCGAGGCCACCGCCGAGCAGGGAGGCUGCGUGAUGGCUGCCGCCACCGGGCAUCCGUUCCCACGAGUCUUCAGUCGCUGCAGCAAACGCGACCUGGACAGCUACUUCCAGAAGGGAGGGGGCAUGUGUCUCUUCAACAUGCCCAACAUGAAGGACCUGGUCGGGGGCAAGAAGUGCGGCAACGGCUUUGUGGAGGAUGGAGAGGAGUGUGACUGUGGAGAACCUGAUGAAUGCACCAACGACUGCUGCAAUGCCAAUAAUUGCACCUUGAAGGCAGAGGCUCAGUGUGCCCACGGAGUGUGCUGCGAGGGCUGCAAACUGAAGCAGGCAGGUACCAUGUGCCGGGGGCCGGCGGGGGCGUGUGACCUGCCAGAGUACUGCACCGGUGCCUCUCCUUACUGUCCCUCCAACGUCUACCUGCUGGACGGCUCCUCCUGUCAGUACGGCGUGGCCUACUGCUACAACGGCAUGUGCCUCACCCACGAACAGCAGUGCCUGCAGCUCUGGGGCUACGGAGCUCGGCCCGCCCACGACGCCUGCUUUGAGGAUGUCAAUGCAGCAGGCAACGCUUUUGGAAACUGUGGGAAAAAUGAACAUGGCAACUACAUGAAGUGUGAGAAAAGCGAUGCCAAGUGCGGUAAGAUCCAGUGCCACAGUGCUGCCAAGAAGCCCAAAGGCACCAACGCUGUUUCCAUCGACACCACCAUCAGGACCGAUGGCAUCGAGGUGAAGUGCCGUGGCACCUACGUCUACAGCACCCAGGAUGGCCAGGGCGACCUGCCUGACCCCGGCCUCGUCAUGACCGGCACCAAGUGUGCAGAAGGCAAGGUGUGCAGAGACCGCCGGUGCCAAAAUGCCUCUUUCACUGAGCUGGAGACCUGCAUCGCACGCUGUCACAGCAACGGGGUGUGUAACAGCAACGGGAACUGCCAUUGUAAUCGUGGCUGGGCACCACCUUUCUGUGAGAAGCAAGGCCUCGGAGGAAGUGUGGACAGUGGACCAAUCCAGUACGACAGUCAGGUUGGGCUGGUGGUGGGGCUGCUGUUUGCCUUCCUUGUGGUCCUGCCUGCAGUGCUGCUGCUCUUCUACUGCUAUAGGAUCAAGACUUCCUACUUCCACAAGUGGCAUUCCCAGAGAGACAAGAACAAGAGCAACAAGACGGAGGCGUCAGUGGAGAAAGGGAAGAACGGCCAUUUGAAUCCUGCCUUUCACCUGAAGGUGGUCGGACCAAUCAACAAGGCUAGCAGCCACAAGGGGCUUCCUCACACCAGCAAAGAGGUCCUGCCUCUCCGGCCAGGUCAGGUGCCCAAUGGCAUCCAGCCAGUCAACAUUGUGCGACCUCUGAGACCCGCUCCGUCUCCCCAAGGUGGUCCCAAGCACCUCGAGGCGGGUCGCCCACCCCUGCCGGCGGGAAAGCCCCCAGUGGCGCCCCCACCCAAGCCCCACCCAACUCCACAGAGACUCAGCCCGCCCAAGAAACCUCUGCCCCUCAACCCAACACGAUCUCCAUUGUUGGUGUCUGAGGUGCGGCCCAGAUCGUCCCUCCUCCCUCCUCAGAGGCCUCUCCCCCUCAGUCCAGCCAGAGGAACAUCCCCCACAGUGAGUCGCACUCUGACUGCGGUCUCCAAGCCCUCUGCAGGCCUGCUGGUCAUGAUGCCUCCAGCGGUGGGACCCAAACCUGUGGGCAAAGUCUCAGCCAUCCCACCUCUCAGAGCGCUCAGACCGGUCCCAGGUGCCAAACCAAACACAGCCUCGCCUCCGGCACGAAAAUGACCUUCUCCUCCCACCUCUGAGGAGGCAGCGGCUGACAGCCUAUUUGCACUAAAAGAGACCGGCUGGAGAACCACAGAGCCGUCGCGCACACCAGAGGAGGACGAACAGGAACCUUCAAAUGGAGACACGAGAGAACAAACAGGACUCGUACCAGUUUGGACUUCGAAAUGUUGCCAUAGCCCCCACCCAACCCCACAACCCCUUUCAGUUUUGACCCCGCAGCCUCUGCCCUCCCCCCAACGGAGGCCCUGCAGACUGAGUGUUAUCGCUGGGGGGCAGUCACAUUUGCCAAAUCUUCAUUUAGUUUUUUAUGAUUGCUUUUUUUAAACCUGUUAAUGUGCAUUAGAAAAAAAAACAUGCAUUUUGUAAUGACUGCCCUUUUGUUUACAGUUUGUUUUAUGAUUUGUGUUAUGUGCCAAAGAGGUCUCUUUGAACCUGGGGUGUGUCCCACACGCUUGAUAAUCUCCUUACAUUUCGUUUACCGCAAGCCUGCUCUUCCACAACGGUAGGUUUUCUAAUUUAUUGUUAUUGUAUGAGGAAUGUCUGAAAUACAACCUGGAGAUGCAGAGGCCUAUCAGGAGGAAGGAGAGCCUAUCACAUUGCAGCUUCUUUUCAACACUGUUUACAUGGUGGAGGACUCAAUGGAUGCUUGUGACCUGCAGGACACACCAGCUCAUGUUGAUUUGAAUGUAUUUUGCCGUGUUAUGAUUUUUAAAUUGUUACAUAAAACAUUUUUACAAAAGGA